AAAAAGUACUUUAUUCCAACAGAAACCCCAACAGGAUCAGCUGCUCCCACUGACAACACUUUCCCCUCGUCCUUUGCGUUCAUCGAUCCUGUCUGGGUUCAUGCUGGAAAUGGAGGCCCGCUUCCACAAUAUACGUGGGGCGCAUCACCACACUUCGAUGGUCCUGCAGUGCAGGAGAGUGGGUUGCAAGAGAAUUCCAGAUCGCUCAUCCCCCAAGAUGCCCAAGGAGCACAUAUACAACACGCCGUUCAGUCCUUACCAUCCACCGAAGUCACCGAUGUGUUCUUGCAGCCGGCGAACACUAAUAACGCUACCUUGCGGUGCGCAGAAUGCGGUCAAACUUUUGCCAAACAGCACAUGCUAAACACGCACGGGAAACGCCACAAUCCACCCUUCAAAUGUCCUGCGAGCCAAUGUAGCGCAGCGUUUCGCUAUAGAAAAGAUCUCACUCGCCACCAAAUGUCGAAACACGCCGACAAUACUGAGCCUGGUACAAGACUCUAUUGCCCCUACUCAGGCUGCAAAUUCUCUUAUGAGAAGGGCAGAGGGUCCGCGCGGAAGGAUAAUUUAAGCAGGCAUGUUCAAUCUCAGCAUGGUGGACAACUUUGAACGAAUCGAGACCGUCUGAGCACGCAAUAGUAGCUAGUCGUCAAUAUAAUCGUUGUGAAUUCGAGCGCGCCAAUCCCCACUCAACUAUUUGGGACUGUCUAUGGAUUGUUCCGCACCAGACUUACAAAUUGCCCACCGAUAAACUCCAGAGCCGUGCCGUAUCAUGAUACGACAAAUAUAGAUAUGCAGCAUGUGGUCCUCCAGAGUCGCUUGCUAUGUUUCGUGAUACUUUGCAUGCGUGUGCGACGACCAGCUUUUCGCAGCAGAGCACGUGAACGAUGGACAACGAAGGUGUAUCAUGUAUCCUACCACCCUAAGAUAGACUCUCACGUGCGCAGUUCGCAGUUCACCAAACAUUCAUGUACAUGUGUACAGUACUUGACAUCAUACGAUACUUUGUGCAGUGAUUAUUCAUGCUUCACAAACAUUGGCACUGAGACAUAU